CAAGGUCGGUCAAAAGGGAGCUAAAUCGCGCAACAUCGGUUACAAACUACUCUAUCGCGUUGAUCAAGGCAAUUUUGUACUAAAAUUAGGUGCUAAAUCGAAAACAGACCUGCAUCUUGCUUUCCAUAUUGAGUAAUAAGGUUCAUCAAGAAGCGGUGUUUACCAGAAACAGAAUGUCUAAGAUACUUUCACAUAUUGAUGAUGAAUCAAUAUCAGAUGAAAAACCAGCCCUUCUCUCAUUUUUGACAGGAAAAUGGAUGGACAUCCCAGAAUCAAAGCUGUAUGGCAAAUGUAGGCCUGUGUCAGAGUUUACCAAGGAACAGAGACUCGGAGAAGGAACAUUUGGAGUAGUCUAUAAGGCUAAAGACACAAGGAAUGGCACCACUGUAGCAUUGAAGAGAGUGAAAAUGCAUAAUGAGAAAAAUGGUUUUCCUAUAAGUUCCUUGCGUGAAAUCAACAUCCUUCUAAAUCUGAGACAUGAAAAUAUUGUCCAGCUGAAAGAAGUUGUUGUUGGGAAAAAAUUAGACAGGCUUUUCUUGGUGAUGGAGUACUGUGAACAGGAUCUGGCCUCCCUCAUUGACAACAUGCCCUCGCCUUUCACGGAAGCUCAAGUGAAGUGCAUCAUGCAGCAACUGUUUAAAGGUCUCCGGUUCCUUCACGAGAACUUCAUCAUUCACAGAAACGCAGGUCUUAUUAGCUUCUGGUCCACGAUUGGGCACCUUAAGGAAAAUGUACAACGGCAUAACAAAGAUCUCAAAGUUUCCAAUUUGCUCAUGAUUGACAAGGGAACUUUGAAAAUAGCUGACUUUGGUUUGGCUCGGAAGUAUGAGCUGCCUCACAGGCCCAUGACACCUAUGGUGGUCACACUGUGGUACAGAGCUCCAGAGUUAUUACUGGGAUCAAAAAUACAGACAACAGGGAUAGAUAUGUGGUCUGCAGGGUGCAUUCUAGGAGAGCUGCUUGCACACAGCCCCCUGCUGAAGGGGCGUUCAGAGAUCCACCAGAUUGAGCUCAUUGUGGACAUGUUUGGUACACCCAACGACAUGAUCUGGCCGGGGUUUUCGGACCUGCCCGCAUUGCAGAAAUUUUCUUUGAAGAAACAGCCGUAUAACAAUCUGAGACACAAGUUUUCUUGGUUGUCUGAUGCUGGUAUUCGGCUGCUCAAUUUCCUCUUCAUGUAUGAUCCCAAUAAGCGGGCGACAGCAGAAGAUUGUCUUGAUAGCUCCUACUUCAAAGAGCAACCACUACCCUGUGAUCCUGAGUUGAUGCCAUCCUUUCCACAACACCGUCUCACCCGGACCAAGCAUACAUCCCCAACAGACAAUGAAAGCAAGAAACCAACAGGUCCAACUCAAGUGCCAGACUUUGGAAAAUUUGAGGCUAGCUCUGCCAAGAAGAAAAAGUUGUCUUGAAGUGAAAUGUGCAAACACGUCCCGGUUCAGCUACAAUGCAGUUUUUCAAAAGAUUUAUGUGAAACUGUGAUUGUGCCUCUUUAAAUUCGGCAACUAGUGCAUAAUUAAUUACAAGAAAUAAUAGUCAGUGCUAUUUUACUAUAGUAAUUUAGCUGCGGAAUGCAGAACAAUAUUAUUGCCCUAUACAAAUGUCAUUUGUACACAAUAUAAAGAUGGAAAAUGGAA